AGAGUAAAACGCCUUCAUGAAGUUAUGAUGUGAAUUAUACUGGUCAUAUAUUGUAAGAAUAAUAAACUUCUUAUUGCUGUUGUAUUUGGAGGGAAAUCUCAGAGAAAGCAAGGUUUGAGCAGUUCUGUAAAAGUACCCAUUGGCUCCAUCUGGAGGUGACAGCUGAGAUGACAGACCCCAUCAGUUUAGGAAAGCAGACUGUAAGCAGAGAUAAAAGCAGAGCAAGAACCUGCUCCUCAGCCCUGUGUUGAAGACUUCCCCACCAAAGGCAAGUCUCCACUCUUUUAUGGUUUCUCUUUUAAAAAAAAAAAAGAUGCUGAGGAUGUGAUGGUUUCUGUGCAUUCGCACUUUUGGGAUGGGAGGAAUUUCUAGCCCCUCUCCCCCUUUGUUUUCCUGGAAGGUGCCCUGGAGCCCUGCUGGGUUUUUCAGUGCUGCGUGAGAGGAGGCGUUGAGUGAGAAGCCUCCUUACAGAGGCCCCAUCCUUCUGUCCCUGGCAUCCUGUGUGACCCCUGCUCACCCAGGGGGUCCUGCAGGAAAACAGGAAAGUUGCAAUGGCAGCAAGCGAGCAGCCAAAAUCCAACCAAACAAAAUCCCCCAAACUACAACUGACUUGAAAUGUUCAAGAUUCCCACAUGGGUGCUGGACUCAGGCCAUGAACACAUUGAAGUCCAGGGCAUGAGAAAUAUCUAGGUUUGGCUUAAAUGCAGAAUACAGCACUCAAUAUCUGAGCUGGGAUGGUUGGUUGCGUUAGCUCUGAAGACCCAUCCAUGACUGCUACUUUUUCCCUUCCCUUUCCCUGACAUUCCUGCAUUGAACUAGAUCGUCACUGCAUCAGAGACCAACAGGGUAACCAAAGGGCCUGGGAUAUACACAGACACUUUAUAGUUGCUGAUUGCUAAGGCUUGAACCAAUGUAUAGGAAUAAACAUGUGUGUGCACAUAAGAGCUCUUCUGUGUGUCCCUUAGCAGUGGUCAAAACCUCUGCCCUGAAACACAAGUUUAGAUUCUCUUUUAACUCCUACUUUGCCAAAACCUGCAAUGAUAUCUGUUUUCCUUGCAAGUCUAGAACUCCAUUGCCUGCAUGCCACUUCUGCACAACCCCAUUUCUCUUCAGCCAGGCAUGACAAGAGCUUUAACUGUGCAGGGCGGAUUGGCUGUAGCAGCUCCUGUGGGCGCUUUCACCCUCCUCCCAUCCCCGUUACAGGUGAGCGUUGCUCCUGCAGGCAUCACUAACAGAUGGCAUCUGCAGAAGUGAGAAGUUCCCACUGUUCAUGGUCACUGGAAGAGAGUGGCAGUGACCUGGGACGCUGAGGCUCUGUCUCUACCCUAGCUUUAAGAACAAGGGCUGGGCACUGUUUUUCUUACCCCCCUGGAUGUGCUGAGCACCUGCUGGCAUGAGGUUUUUCCUCCAGUAUGUGGGCUGUUUUUUUGCUUUUUUCUCUACUGGGUUUUUGAUAGCAUCUACCUGGACAGACUGCUGGAUGGUGAAUGCUGAUGAUUCCCUGGAGGUGAGUACAAAAUGCCGUGGCCUGUGGUGGGAAUGUGUCACAAAUGUUUUUGACGGGAUCCAAACUUGCGAUGAGUAUGACUCCAUCUUCGCCGAGCACCCUGUGAAGCUGGUGCUGACCCGAGCCAUGAUGAUCACAGCAGAUAUCCUGGCAGGAUUUGGAUUUCUCUUCCUUGUCCUGGGACUGGACUGUGUGAAAUUCCUUCCCGAUGAGCCGCUGAUCAAGCUGCGCAUCUGCCUGGUGUCUGGAGUUACAUUGCUCAUUGCAGGUGUCCCAGGCAUUACCGGCUCGGUGUGGUAUGCUGUUGAUGUCUACGUGGAGCGCUCCUCUCUGGUCUUCCACAAUGUGUUUCUGGGCAUCCAGUACAAGUUUGGCUGGUCGUGCUGGCUCGGCAUGGCGGGGUCACUUGGCUGUUUCUUAUCCGGGGCCCUGCUCACCUGCUGCAUGUAUCUCUUCAGAGAGACCAGCUCUGGAAGACUCCACUCUGCUUACUCCUUCAGGAAAGGCUAUUCCUCAGCUGGGACAAUUGUAACAAACGUGCACUUGCCGUCCUCGCAAACAGCUACUGCCAAAAUGUACGCAGUGGACACAAGAGUGUGAGGAGGAGGUAAGCGCUCCAGAAAGAGCUCUACUUUUAUUUUAGUGGAUUGUACAGAGACCCAAGUUCCUGUCGUUGUCAUACAGCUGCAAAGUUAAACUUCAAGGAUGUACUGUAUGCUACAAUGUUUGCAUUAUGAGAGCUUCAAAAAAACCUUCCUUCAAGAAAGUAAUCUCUGAGAAGAUCUUGCCUUAGGGAAUCCUGUUGUCUUGAGUGCUGAGGCCACUUGCAUAAGCAUGGACUGAAAUAACCAACAAAAACUCUUUCAGCAUUUGGCCCAAUACUAUUGGUAUGAGUGAGAUAAACCAGCCACUCCUGGAUCAGACCCCUGUGUUCUGAAUGAAGAUCCCCAAACCAUAAGAUGGAUCUGGCAAUGUGUUGACAGAGUGUAUAAAGCAGAAAAUAUAGGCGAAGAGAGGGACUGAUCAUCUGGCCAACUUCUGGACCCUGUGCACCCAGCAUGGGGGUCUGCUCCUCUUAAAGGCAGCUAGAGAGUUCAGCAGAAGAUAAAGAGCUGUGUUAAAUGCCUGGCCCUCUCUUUGGCCCAUGAACCUCUGCACUGAGGAAACACUGCAAAUUCUGGUACAUUCUUCACUGCAAAACACAGGUCCUUCUCAGCAAGUGUUAAAAUGUAUGUUACAGAUGCUCCAGACUCACUGAGAUCUGGAAAUUGCCAGCUUAUUUCUGCUUAGUAAAAAUUUUGCCUGGACAAAGUGAGUGAUGAUCCAAGAUCUGACCUUGUGCAUGACCUUGUGCCUUGUCUAUACCAGCUAGAAACUAGGAUAAAAGAUAGUAAAAUCUAUUGUCCCUUUCUACCAAAAGAUAUUUAAAUCCAGUUCAGGACUGCCAUCCCCUCCUGCAAUCCAGGCCACCAUAAGCUGGGUGAGACUAGAGCAUCAGCCAUGUCUUCACUAGUGUUGGUGAAAAAGCCCAGUGUGGCUUAACACAUUCCCUAAGGAUGGAUGCAAAAGUGCUGACAGCCCCUUCCAUGCCUUUGAAGGAAAGAGAAGCCAAGACACAGUUUUCUUACGCUUGGUAGGAACUGCCCAGAUCCCGUCCUUUCUACCAUGGGCACCACACCAUAUGGUCAUGGGCACAAGGGGUUGAGAAAAGGUUCUCGGCACAGAGAUAUACCUGUUCGGGGGAAUGGAGAAACAACAGCGGAGUCUCAGGAGGGUGUGUACAGCCAUGGGUACUGAGGUUCCACCAGAGUCAGGCUUCUUCCACUGACUGCUCCAUGGGGAAGCUGGAUGGAGAAGCUCCCUUCCUCCCCACAGGCAACAUGAAGUGAAGUCUUAUGUUAUGAGGGCCAGAGGGAGAUGGGAUGGCUGUAGAUGAAGUGGGCUGUGUCCCAAAGAGCACCUCUGGUAGCCCAUAUGCUGGAGGAUGAGGGGCUGAGUCCUCUCAUGGAUUAUCCUGGAAGCAUCAUCUUGUGCUGCAGCACAGAACUGACCAGCAAGGGUAAAACAUAACCAAUCCUGACAUGGAUCCUGAUCAAAUAACACUCAGGCCCUGGGACAGAUGGGACAACAGCAGGUCCAUAUGGCUUUGCUCUGGGCCCAAGCACCUCCACAAGGCUCAGACCAUACUUCAACCAUCUCAGCAAGAGCCCUUGUGGCAGCGCUGUUGCCCAGGUGAGAGAGGCUUUGUGCCUGCAGAGUUCACCUGCUUUGGUUGGCAGGUGUUUAUGUUAGCCAAACUGAAAGCAACUUAUUGCCAACAGAUGAGCUAUGUUGAACAGAUGUAAACACAGUAGGAGAAGUGAUGGAGGCUUUUUUACAAAGUUCUGAGAGAUGAGGAGUGCAAGAGUUAUGAGCAAUGUGAUGAAAUCGCAGACUAUACCAAGAAUGCACAAAGAGAUCUGGAGGUGAUAGGAAUUUCUGCCUGUUUUUAAAGGAAACUGAUGAGGCAAGGCCACAUCCAGAGCUUUUUUAUUAUUAUUAUUUUUAAACUUUUUCACAGUCAUGUCAGAAACGUGUAUUUGCUGUGGGGCUUUUGGGGUGGAAGAGCUGGAGCUGAUAUGCUGUGCUGGGGGAGGGAAGCUCUGGGUCUGCUUCCUGGGCUGUGCCUCGGCUCCCCUGCUCCUUCAGGGACAUGCCAGGAAGGAGAGGGAGGGCGAACCUGCUGCAGAGGCAGAGCUGUGCUCUGCCACCGCUUGGAUGCCUUUGCCCCUGAUCUUCCCCAGGGAGGUUAAUGCUGCCCUAGCCUCCCCAAGGGAGGAGAGAUGCCCCACUGCCCUGGACUGCACCAGCCUGACUCACCCAGUGCAGAGACACUCCCCAGGAGGAGGUUCUGAGCAAAGACAUCAUCACUUGGACCAAAAUGUUGAAUCAAAUCCUUCCUAGACUAUGCAGACAGUGUAUUAGCCUUCACCACUAGCACUCAGGGACACUCGCCAGCCUCUUGCUGAUGUUUUCUACAGCUUUCUGAGGCUUGCUGGGAAGAUUUAUUUCUUGUUCAGCAAAGGAGAAAUAGCCUGGAAUUGCCUGCUAAUGCAGGUGUAGCUGCAGAUCUCAGACCACUGAUUUCUCCUGUGCUUUUUCUCCCGUAAGCUGUAGUUGAGGAGACUUCUUGGCCUUUGUUCUAAUGGUCUUCAGCUUGUUUGAAGGUGGUGGGAGGUGCUUUGUGACUUACUGCGCAUGGGCACACCAAGCAGUGGUUCAGUGGACACUUUGGGAUUAAACCUGUAUGCCCUGGCCAGGGGUGAAUAUAGCAGACUGGUCUCAUUAGUCCCUCGAGCCCUGUGCUCCUGCUGGUGGUACACAAAUAAGGCACACAUAUACCCCAACUACUACCUUCACUCAGGUUGCAUCAUCCUUAAACAGCCAUGUAUACAAAGAAUCUUGCAUAAACUUGUAAGCUUUUCUCUUCUUCACUAUCUAGGUAGAAUAAACGUUAAUUCUUUAACCAUGCUUCUGUUCUAGCUGCACUCUACAAUAGCUUUUGAGGAUCUACCUCCUGCACAAGAGGGCCAGAAAAAGGUCACAGAAAGCCUUAGGUCUGCCAAGUUAAUGCUUUGUAACAACCAGUCCAAUGCUGCGUUGCUUCAUUAUUCAAAUCCUGCUGACAGUCUAUCUGAUGUUUUGAUCAGUUGUUAAUAUUUAAUUAUUAAUUCACGGUUUGAUUUAGUUCUGACUCUGGUUUCAUGACUGCAGUAUUCACUCCUCAUUAGCUCAUUACCAUGCCACAACGCGGAUCUGUUUUAGUUUGGUUGGUUAUUCAUUAGCAAGAAACCUCCCAGAAAGUACCCAGGACUUACUUUUUCUUUCAAAAUCACAGCCAGUCCCUACGGCUAAAGGCGUUGCAGGUGAGCUCAGAUGUUAAGGUAUUUCCUUAAUACCUACCUACAUCCCAUUCAGCAGCAGCUUGCUAGGAGUGACAAUAGACUGACUGCUUUCCUGAUGGACAUUAAUGGCUUACCAAGGCUCUUUGCUCAGUUGCAAUUUCCAGCUGAGGCCCAACAUUUAAUCCUUCAGUGCCAACAGCCUUUUAAGCGUCUCCAGAUUUUUACUAACUUCCAAGGAGUAUUUUUUUGUGUUUGAGGAUCUCAGUCUUGUUGCUUCAUUUCCCAGGGUGUAGGCAGAGUCAGGGACUUAGCUGAGAGCUGGGACUCCCAUGUUUCCUCCCUGCUGUAUACACCCUGUGGUGUCUUCUUGAACCUGGGACUCCCCAUUGCCCUUUCCACUGACAGCACACAGCUCGGUACAGUCUGCCAGGGAUCCCGCAGUUUGCAGGUAAUGGAAAAUAGCAAAGUCUUGUAGGUAAACUCUUUGCUAAGUUGAUUUCAUGCCUUUCAUACCUCACAUGUAUUGAUUUCCCAUUUUGAUAUACACAGGUGAGAGAGAUAAUAAAACAAUGAUAUCUGCAAUGGCUGUCCUUUUCUGAGUGCAGUAUUUUGUCCUCUCACUACCUCGAUCAGCCUUGUUCGUAAGGGCUCUUAAUAACUCUGGUUGUAAUUAGGACUCACUCUUACUGUGACCUUGUGAAAUAGACUAUCUCCUACUGCAGGUGCAUGAAUAUUUCCCACAAUAUGGAUUUCCCACCAUUUCACACACACUGUAAUGUGAUUUUAGUGUGAAUUCAGCAGAUCUGAACAAUUAUUUUCAGUAGAUAAGAACAUUACUUCAGAAUUCUGUUUUCCUUACAUAUUGUAACAUCAGUGAAAUAUAAUAAA